UUGGUUGAUGCCAAGAAUUUGAAUUGCCCACUUUUGCCUUUGUCUCUCUCCCAUGCAUCCACGUUUCUUGUUGGCUGUUAAUUCGCGCAGAAAAUUAAUUGACACACCGAUUGAAUGGUAGGAAUGAAUUCGAUCUUCACGCGCGCACGCAUUUGAUGCCACUUCUGCGAAUUGAAGCUCUCUCUCUCUCUGCUAUUCUCUUCUCCAUCUCCUUCCUUUCUGAAUAGAAUAGAAAUAUGGAGGUGAAGCUGAAGAAAAGCCUUUCUGAGAAGAUGUUGAUGCAGAGGCGGCAGAAGAGCAUGAACAAGAGCUGCUGCAGCAGGUUGUUGAUCAGUAUCAACGUGUUUGGGAGUGCGGGGCCGAUAAGGUUUGUUGUGAACGAGGAUGAUAAGGUUGUCGGGGUGGUGGACAUGGCUCUGAAGCAAUACGCUCGCGAGGGGCGGCUUCCGCUUCUUGGAUCUGAGCCCCAUGAUUUCUUCCUCUACCCUGCCAGUUCAGGAUUCCAAGCUUUGAGUGCAUCAAGUUCAAUAGGAAAUUGUGGGGCAAGGAACUUCAUGCUGUGCAAGAAGAACAGGCAGCCAUUGAUGACAGAAGGAAGGCCACAGGUGACUGGUUUGAAGGGGACAAGAAGCUGGAAAUCAUGGCUCACCAAAUCUUUCUUCCACAAGAUGAUCCUCACUGAAUAAUAUAUAUAUAUGUAGGUGGCUCUGUGAUGAUAGAUGUUCUUGAAGAUAUAAAGUUAUAAAUGUAAUUAAUCACCUCUCAAUGUAGCUAGCAUGCUAUGCUAUGCAAGUCAUCAAUGCAAUUGCAUGGCAUAUCACCAUUUGUAACUUUAGUAUAUCAAAUGGCAAAAGAAAUUGCUAUUAAA